AGUUUAAAUAUUACAUGUAGCAUUGCUGACAACAUAUGUUACAAUCCUCAUCUCCAUCCAACCCCGUAGAAAAGGAGAUGGUGGAACGUGUUGGUAUGUUCUUCUGUUGUCUUCCUCUUCUUCUUCUUCUUCUCUUUUACAUCCUAUGGAGAAGCUUGGGUUGGAGGAGGAACAGAUGUUACAUAUUGGACUACGAGUGCUACAUGCCGACUGACGACAGAAAGCUCACCACGAAAUUUUCCGGCGAAGUCAUUAUGAGAAACAAGCUUCUCGGGCUCCACGAGUACAAGUUCCUCUUGAAAGCCAUUGUCAACUCAGGCAUCGGCGAGGAAACGUACGCCCCAAAGAUGGUGUUCGACGGCCGUGAGGAAUCCGCCACGCUCGACGAUGGGCGCUUGGAAAUGGACGAAUUCUUCCUUGCAAGCAUUGACAAGCUGUUCAAGAGAACAGGCAUCCCUCCUUCAGAGAUCGACGUCCUAGUGGUAAAUAUAUCGAUGCUUUCCACUAUCCCUUCUUUGUCCGCCAGGGUUAUCAAUAUCUACAAGAUGAGGGAAGACGUCAAGGUCUACAACCUUUCCGGGAUGGGGUGCAGCGCGAGCUUAAUAUCGAUCCACAUCGUCCAGAACAUAUGCAAGACUCGAGGAAACGUGCAAGCCCUUGUGGUAACAUCGGAGUCUUUGAGUCAAAACUGGUACACGGGCAACGAAAGGUCGAUGAUUCUCUCCAAUUGCCUGUUUAGAACAGGAGGCUGCACCAUGAUCCUGACGAAUAAAGAUUCCUUGAAAAACAAAGCCAUGUUCAAGCUAAAAUGCCUAGUGAGAACUCACCAUGGUUGGAAGGACGAGUCUUAUGGUUGUUGCCUACAAAAAGAGGAUGAAAAAGGGCUAGUCGGGUUCCACCUCGGCAAGAACCUUCCCAAGGCCGCCACUAGUGCGUUUGUCGAUAACUUGAAGGAAAUAGCCCCAAAGAUCCUGCCCGUCCAUGAGCUCCUCCGCUUCACCUUGCUAAAAUUUGCUCCAGAACUACAUCACAAAUGGAGCAAAACGGCGGCUGGCACCUCUGCCAGUCCCCUAGUCGACUUCAGGACAGGAGUGGAUCAUUUCUGCCUUCACACGGGCGGCAAGGCAGUGAUCGAUGCAGUAGCACAGAACCUGAGCUUGAGUGAGUAUGAUGUGGAGCCGGCACGCAUGACAUUGCAUCGUUUCGGGAACACGUCGGCUAGUAGCAUGUGGUACGUGUUAGCGUAUAUGGAGUCCAAGAAAAGGCUUAAGAAAGGGGACAGGGUUUUCAUGAUCAGCUUCGGGGCAGGAUUUAAGUGCAACAGCUGCUUGUGGGAGGUGGUGAGGGAUUUAGAAGGCAACAAUGUCUGGAAAAACUUCAUUGAUAGCUAUCCGCCCAAGAACUCAGCAAAUCCUUUCAUGGAGGAGUAUGGAUGGCUUCACAAAGAAGACAGAAUCCCAGAUGAAUAUGAAAUCCCAAAUUAACUAACUUUUGGGACCGACGGGCCAAUUUGCUGCUUCAUUUUCUGCUCAAGAAAUUGUUUUACUGUGUGUUUUUUAUAUUUUCUUUGUAUUUUGAGUGAGAUUCAUAGGUCUAACUGUUGAUCCAUGCACGUGGUUCAUGCCAUAUUAAAGGUCGAAUGUAAUACUUCUUAGACGUGAAAUUCGAACCGUGUAUAAUCUAAGAUGUUCACAACGAAAAGUCAUAUAGAUUGUCACUGAAUCGUUGGGGCAACCACCAACUGCAAGUCGUUUCAUCUUUGUG